AGAGACAGAGAGACAGAGAGACAGAGAGACAGAGAGACAGAGAGACAGAGAGAGAGAGGGAGAGAGAGGGAGACAGAGAGGGAGAGAGAGAGAGAGAAAGACAGAGAGAGAGGGAGACAGAGAGACAGAGAGAAAGACAGAGAGAGAGGGAGACAGAGAGACAGAGAGAGAGAGAGAGAGAGAGACAGAGAGAAAGACAGAGAGAGAGAGACAGAGAGAGAGGGAGACAGAGAGAAAGACAGAGAGACAGAGAGAGAGAGAGAGAGAGAGACAGAGAGAAAGACAGAGAGAGAGGGAGACAGAGAGAGAGGAGACAGAGAGAAAGACAGAGAGAGAGAGGGAGACAGAGAGACAGAGAGACAGAGACAGAGAGAGAGAGAGAGAGAGAGAGAGGGAGACAGAGAGAAAGACAGAGAGAGAGGGAGACAGAGAGACAGAGAGAAAGACAGAGAGAAAGACAGAGAGAGAGGGAGACAGAGAGACAGAGAGAAAGACAGAGAGAGAGGGAGACAGAGAGACAGAGAGAAAGAGAGAGAGGGAGACAGAGAGACACAGAGACAGAGAGAGAGAGAGAGAGGGAGACAGACAGAGAGAGAGAGGGAGAGAGACAGAGAGAAAGACAGAGAGAAAGACAGAGAGAGAGAGAGAGACAGAGAAAGAGAGAGAGAGAGAGACAGAGACAGAGAAAGAGAGAGAGACAGGGAGAGA